AUGUCUCGCCAGUCCUGUGGUCUCAGCAAGGGAUUCAGCUCCAGCUCUGCUUGCUUGGGAGGGAAGACCAAGGUCACGUUCAGCUCUGUGUCCCGUGGAGGAUGCAGGGGACCUGGUAACGCCGGUGGCUUCAGCAGCAGGAGCCUCUACAGCUUGGGAGGCAGUAAAAGCACCUCUCUGGGAGGAUUCGGUGGAGGUGCUGGUAUCUGCAGAGGUUUUGGGGCUGGUGGCCAAGGAAGCUUUGGCUACGGCUACGGUGCUGGAGCAGGGUUUGGUGGUGCCUAUGGUGGUGGGGUUGGAGGCAGCUUCAGUGGAGGCCUCGGCAGUGUUUUCGGUGGCUUUGGUGGAGGAUUUGAUGGCGGGAUAGGAGGUCAAGGCUUUCCCUCCUGCCCGCCGGGCGGCAUCAGGGAAGUGACCAUCAACCAGAGCCUGCUGACCCCGCUCCACCUUGAAAUUGACCCUGAGAUCCAGAAGGUGCGAACACAAGAGCGGGAGGAGAUGAAGAAGCUCAACGACAAAUUCGCUUCCUUCAUUGACAAGGUCCGGUUCCUAGAGCAGCAGAACCGAGUCCUGGAGACCAAGUGGAAACUCCUGCAGGAGCAGGGUGACACAGCGACGGGCGGCAGGAACCUCAGCCCCUAUUUCGAGAGCUACAUCAGUGGGCUGAGGAAGAAGCUGGACAUCCUCUCGAGCGAGAAGCACCAGCUGGAGUCAGAGCUGAAGAGCCUCCAAGAUACAGUGGAAGACUACAAGACCAAGUACGAAGAGGAAAUAAACAAAAGGACAUCUGCGGAGAACGAUUUUGUGCUCCUGAAAAAGGACGUGGAUGGGGUCUAUAUGGCCAAGGUGGAACUUCAGGCAAAAUUAGAUUCUCUGGCAGAUGAGAUUAACUUCUUAAGGUGUCUUUAUGAAGAGGAGCUGUCUCAGAUGCAGAAGUCCGUUUCUGACACCUCUGUGGUUCUCUGCAUGGACAAUAACCGCAACCUGGAUCUGGACAGCAUCAUUGCGGAGGUCAAAGCCCAGUAUGAGGAGAUUGCCAACAGGAGCCGAAUGGAGGCUGAGUCUUGGUACCGAUCCAAGUAUGAAGAGCUGCAGGUUACCGCAGGCAAACACGGAGACAGCCUUAAAGACACAAAGAUCGAGAUCUCUGAGCUCAACCGUGUGAUCCAGAGGAUACGGGCCGAGAUCGAGAGCGUAAAGAAACAGUGUGAGACUCUGCAGACCUCCAUUGCGGAUGCUGAGGAACGCGGGGAGGUGGCCCUCAAGGAUGCCAGGGCCAAACUUACUGAACUGGAGUCAGCCCUGCAGAAAGCCAAGGCAGACCUGGCCCGGCAGCUCCGCGAGUACCAGGAGCUCAUGAAUGUCAAGCUGGCUCUGGACGUUGAGAUCGCAACCUACAGGAAGCUGCUGGAGGGAGAGGAGAGCAGGAUGUCUGGAGAGUGUCAGACCACAGUGAGCAUCUCUGUGGUGGGAGGCAACAGCAGCUCUGUGGGAGGUGGAUAUGGCGGCGGACUGUGCCUUGGAGGAGGAGGAAUUGGAUUCGGUGCUGGAAGUGGGAGAGGCAGCGUUAACACAAGUGGUGCUGGCCUCUGCUACAGCCUGGGAGGGGGCGGAUUUGGCUCCGGGGCAGGAUUUGGCUCUGGAGGGUCAGGAUACUGCUCUGUGGGCGGGGGGUCCAACUCAGUGGUGGUGGGGUCUGGCAGCAUCCUGAAGAACACCACCAGCUCUGUGUCCGUCAACCGGAGGGUCUAG